AUGUUUAGACAAUUACUUAGACCAGCCUCCGCAUCACUUGCUCGUACCCUCAUUAGACCAUCUGUUUGUCCAUCCCCACAAACACUUCGUUGUUUCACCACCACUAGAUUCAACUUGGCUAAAAUUGACACCCAAUCACAAGCAUACCCAUACUUACACGAACAAACCCCAGUUGCUGAAAAGUUCACUGAAGAACACGAAUAUGUCAAAUUAUACGAAGAUGACUCUGCACUCGUCGGUAUUACUUUAUACGCCGCCGAUGCUUUAGGCGAUGUCACCUAUGUCGAAUUACCGGAAUUGGGAGAGACUGUGGAAAAGGGAGACAAGAUUGGUGCAGUAGAGAGUGUUAAGGCAUCAAGUGAAAUUUACUCACCAGUAUCCGGUGAAGUUAUUGGCGUUAAUUUGAACUUGGAAAGCGAGCCAGGUUUGAUCAAUGAAGACCCAUCAGUCGAAGGAUGGAUUGCACAGAUCAAAGUUAGCAACAGAGAAGAAGUGUUGGAGAAUGCCGAAUUGAUGGAUAAAGAAGUUUACGAGAAGUCCUUAAAGGAAUAG